AUGCUUCGGGUGGUCGGUGUUUUGGGUCUGGUGAUGUUCAGCGUCGCUUUGCUCAUUUUAUCACUCAUCAGUUACGUGUCCAUAAAGAAAGAAUUCAUCUUCACCUCCACGAAUUACGCCAACGCCGGCGGCCCGCGGAUGUACAUGUUUCAUGCGGGGUUCAGGUCCCAGCUGGCAAUGAAAUUUCUGGAUCCAGCGUUCACGUCGCUGAAUGCCGCGCUCAACGAGAAUCUACAAGAGUCCUACAACUGGAAGUUUAACAAGACCGCUUAUUUAGAGCAACGUAAAGAGAUCGCCCAAUACAUUGACGUACCACACAACUUUGCCCUGACCAAGAGCAGCGUACGUGUGGGUCAGUUAAUGCACUAUGACUGCUCGAGUCAUAAAUAUGUCUUAUCCAUUGGUAAGAACCUCAGGUCUUUGCUUCCAGAUUCUUCUCCCAUCCCCAACAAGCACUACAACACCUGUGCUGUCAUAGGGAACAUUGGAAUUCUCACCAGCAGCCGCUGUGGUCCCAAAAUCGACAAGUAUGACUUUGUCUUCCGCUGCAACUUCGCGCCUACCGAGGUCUUCCGUAGAGACGUGGGGCGUCAGACCAACCUUACGACCCUCAACCCCAGCAUUCUGGAGAAAUACUACAACAACCUCCUGACCAUCCAAGACAGGAACAAUUUCUUCUUGAGUUUGAAGAAACUAGAUGGAGCCAUACUUUGGAUUCCUGCGUUUUUCUUCCACAUGUCAGCCACUGUCACACGCACGAUCGUAGACUUCUUCGUAGAGCACAAGGGCCAGCUCAAAGUGCAGUUAGCCUGGCCAGGAAACGUUAUGCAGUAUGUGAACAGGUAUUGGAAAAACAAGCAGUUGUCUCCGAAACGUUUCAGCACCGGCAUACUGAUGUUCACGCUGGCCUCGUCUCUGUGUGAUCAGGUCCAUCUGUACGGCUUCUGGCCCUUCGGCUGGGACCCAAACACGGGGAAAGAGCUGCUGUAUUAUUACUACGACAAGAAAGGCACCAAGUUCACCACCAAGUGGCAAGAGUCGCACCAGCUGCCCACAGAGUUCAAACUGCUCUUCAAAAUACACACGGAAGGCGUCCUGAAACUCAGCCUCUCCCACUGCGCCUAG